CGAAGUAGCCUAGAAAUUCAGACCUUCGUAAGGGUCCCAUCUUCUUUACAUUUAGGUGUUGAAAUUAAGUUUAAAACAACAUAUAGACUUCCAUAAAUCAUACCAUAGCUUGCUUUUGAUCUCAAAAUUCAUGGCCUCCUUUAUUCCUCCUCCAUCUUUUACACCCAAAAUUCCUCAACAAAACCACGACGUUUUCCUCAGCUUUAGAGGUGAGGACACUCGCUACACUUUCACGAGCCAUCUUUACGCGGCCUUAACCAGAAAUCAAGUCAAAACUUACAUCGAUAACGAGCUUGAAAGAGGUGAUGAAAUAUCACCUUCACUUCUUAAAGCAAUCAAUGAUGCAAAAUUAUCCGUAAUCAUUUUUUCGGAAAAUUAUGAAUCUUCUAGGUGGUGUUUGGAUGAGCUUGUGAAAAUAUUGGAAUGUAAGAAAAAUGAUGGACAAAUUUUAGUGCCAAUUUUCUACCAUGUUAACCCAACAAAUGUAAGGAAUCAGACGGGUAGCUAUGCAAUUGCUUUGGCAGAGCAUGAAAAACGUAGGGACAUGAAUAAGGUUCAAACAUGGCGUCUAGCUUUGGCAGAAGCAGCUAAUUUCUCUGGCUGGGAUUGCUUGGGCACAAGGAAUGAGUCAGAGCUUGUAGAACAAAUUGCAAUGGACAUAUUACAAAAGCUGGACUCAAUAACAAGCGGAGGAUUAGAAAGACGCAUCAACACAUACAAGCAAAUUGCACAACAAAAACUCGAGAAAUCCCUUAGAACAGGUAAUCUUGUGGAUAUGGAAGAACUUAUCACAACAUUAUACCAACUUGCAGAACUUAAAUUGGAGAAAGCCAAAAGUACAGAUGAUUCAACUGUUUGGGGUGAUGUUUUGGCAACUUAUGAGCGUAUCAUGCAGCUUAAACAAGAUAAGUGGAUGCGUACCUUUAAUACAAAAGAUUUGGAGGAUUUAAAGGCUACAAGGAACCAUGUAUUGUAUAUUCAGAGGGAGCAAUCUAAUCGUAAGAUGGGGUUUCGUGGUAUAUAGAUUACGAUAUCCAUCAAGAAUUAGAAUAAUACUCUUUCUAUAAUAUUUUAACAAAAAAAACUUGAAAGAUAAGCAUUGUAUUUAAUAGUAUUUUUCGUUAAAUGUAUUUUUGGUAUCUUAUUUUAUCUAAAUUAAAGUUUUAGAUUUCACAUUUUUAAAUUGAUUUUUUUUUAUCCUUGUUUUGCAACAUUUAGGGUUUUCCACCCUAUUUAAUUUAAGAGUUAUGGGUGUCGCUAAUGUUUGUCAUAAGAGUAUAUAUAUGUUUAUAAUUUUAAAAGUAGAAUUUCUAUAUUAAGUUGUGAUCAUGUGUUAUUUUACACAUGUUAUAGCACUUUUUUUAAUGUUAGUAGAAUUUC